AUGCCCUUUAGCAAUUCCCCACACCUCCAACUCCAUAAAGACUUGUUUGCCGAUUUUGCCUUACCUACCCCAGCACAAGACCCUACACCCCAAGAUUCCUCUCCAAUUCCAAUGCCUACCCAACGUUCCAUGGCACCAGCUACUACUUCCAACAUUCCUUCAAUUCCACCCCCGCCCCGGAAAUCCUCCAGAACCCAUCACCUUCCACCAUACCUUACUGACUAUGUAUGCCUUACCAACACGCCCUAUCCUCUUAUUCUAAGCCGUAAAGAAGAGGUGGCGAGAACCUUCUUCUUAAUCUGCAAGUCUCACCUCAUAACACUCCAUCAAGAACAACCGAAACGCAAUCCACGUGGCAAGAUCCUGUUCGUUUCGCGACUCGGAUAUUCAACUGCAGAAGCCCUAGCGGAGCGCCUCCGCAAUUUGUUAGAGUCGAAAGGCCUCGUUUUGGAGGUCGUAGAUGCUCGGAAUUAUGAUCCCGAAGACCUACCCAAGGAGAACCUCAUCCUCCUCGUUGAUUCAACUUCGAAUUUUUGGUACCAACCUCCCGAACCACCUGAACUACUGGCCUUAGACGACAGCAAAGGAGCAAAGGACUUCGCCAGUUGGCUCAUGCAUAACGCGGAGAGCUUUGGGAUCGGAGCGGUUGUUGUGAAGGCUUGCAUAUUCACUGCAUUUGUCGUGGGCAAAAGGGAUGGUAAGAAUUUGAUGGCUAAGGCCGCCAAUCAUUUUAGGGAUUUGGAUCACGUUCAAUACUAUGAUCAUCUUGAAGAGUGGUGGGGAAGUGUUGUUGCGACGGUUUCGGGAGAUACGGUUGCUGAUGGCAUGUGCGGGGAAUCUGAACCUGAGGAUGAUGUUGGUUGUUCUGAUCCAAAAAGCAUAUAUAUGUUGGUGGAAAAUGUGGAUGUAGUAGAUAGAAAAAGAACCUUCAGGCGCAGGAUGUUAACUAUCACUGAGGCCAACUUUAUCAAGCAUGGAAGUGUUGAUCUUGAAGAUGGAGGUCCUGUGACUGCCCAAUGGCCUGUUGGAGAUGAUCUAAUAAUGGAUUCCAACUUACCAACUUUUCAAGGAUUUUGUUCCCUUGGUGGCAGCUUGUUCAUUGCUGGUGGUAUCAUGUGUAACAAUGGAUCAAAAUUUGAAUUUGAGCUAGAAUUGGAACAUUUUUUCCCUGCAAAAAUGUGGUGCCUCAAGUAUGAUGGUUCGACCUGGAUUUGGAGUUUAUGCGGAAGCAUGAUCGACUACCGAAUGAAUCCCAUAGUAGUCCCAUACCAUCGCAACUUGUACAUCUUUGGGGGUGAUACUAAAGAUUGGGUUGAAAUCUACAAUUCACAAUCAGAGUCAUGGGAAAAAAGGGAAGUGCCUAGGGAAGCGCCCCAUGUGGACUUUUGGUCGAGUUCUAAAUCUUACUUUUUGUGGGAGGACAGAACAAAGCCUCCUAAGAAAACCCUCAUUAUGCUUUAUGUUUAUUAUGGUAAGUAUCAGGAACUCAUCUCAUAUGACAUCGAGGCCAACCUUUGGAGUGGAUACCUUCCCUGCGAUUUCCCGCCAAUUCGUGAUUCUUGUCCUAGGAAACUAAUUCGUUUGGCAUGCAGUAAUUAUCUCCUCAUUGUUGACUCUGCCGCUAUGUGGUACAUUUAUGACUUUUCUAAGAAGAAACUCAUGGCAGAUGUGCACGUGAAUGGAUUGGAAAAGCUGACGGGACGGGUUUCGUAUGUUUUUUGUUGCCACUACACCAGCGAGGAAAGUCUGAUUUAUGUCUUCAUGGAACCAGAUGAAAAGGUUGUUGAGGAAUAUGGUGGUGAUCCUGACUUUGUUCCUUAUGCUAGAGUCAAGCUCCAAACAAGUGGUAAUUUUUCUACCAAGGUUGAAUCCAAGGGUAAUCUUAAAGUUGGUCCCUAUAGCAAACUCUAUAUGUUUGCUGUUGGAGACCAAGACAUUGAAUUAAAGGGAGGAUUGUAGCUUAGUUUUGUGCAUCAUACUGGUGUGGUGGACAUUAUAUUAAUAGGAAUAUGUUUUCUUGAACAGAGAUAUUCCUUUAUAUUCAUUGUAGCUUAGGUUUGCGUAGAGAUCUUCAUUCUGGACUGGUGAGUUUGUUGCAUUAGAAACUAAUAAUUAGAGAUUUCU